AUGGAUUUCGAGUCAAGGCCGUUGAUUCUCUUCAAUUUGGAAUGCCACGAAGAACAGAGGAAGUUUUACGACACUAUCAAGAUGAUGCACGAAAGAAGGAAUGAAGAAGAAAACCCCGACGAAAGAGAAGAACUAACAGGGCUCAUCGAUAAUGACAUCAUCAAUUGGAAUGAGGAAUUGUAUCCUGAAGCGUGGAACUUCUUCGACACUCAUUUCAUGAGUGAAGAAGGGUUGGCAAUGUAUGCUGAAAGCGUUUAUGACAUGAUGACUGAUGAUGAAUAUAUGGGUGUUGGGAGGUUCACUUUCAACACCGGUCGUGGAAUUCAUUCGCCCAACGGAGAACCUGCGAUUAAGAACCGUCUCUUGAAGAUGUUCCAAGGAAGACCCAGAUGUGACGUCAGAAUCGACGAGUACAACGAAGGACUAGUCAUUUUGGAACGUUGGUAG